UGUUGUGUUGUGUCCGAUAUAAUUAAAAUAAAAUUUCAUAUAGUUCUUAUGCUGUAAUGCAGAUUUUAAUUACUGCAUUAAUUGCUCAAUUAUAUAUAACACGAAUAACAUAUUAACGAAACGCGCGAGUGAAUGAAUAUUUCAAACGAAAGUCCAUAAUCUUUUGAGGUUAGAUCAGCAAACAACCCACAGAAAGAUCGUGUAUUUUGAAAUAAAAUAUAUACUGUGUGUCAUUUAUCAUAAUUGAUGAAGAAACAACAGCGACAUUCCGAAUCUUAAAAUAUGGCAGAUUACUGGAAGUCUCAAGGUCGCAAGUUCUGCGAUUUCUGCAAAUGUUGGAUCGCCGACAACAAACCUAGUAUCGAUUUUCACGAAGGUGGCAAGAAACACAAGGAGAAUGUUAGCAAACGGCUUAAAGAGAUACACAAGAAUAGCGCGAAACAGGCGAAGCAAAAUAAAAAGAUUGAAAAUGAUAUUAAAAAGAUGGAAAACGCAGCCAUGGCAGCUUACCUGAAAGAUGUGGAAAACAACACGAGAGACAUGACCGCCGACAGAAUCAUCAAGGAAAAGAUGAAUAAACCAGACAAGAAAGAUGCGGCGAAUUUCCAUCGCGCGUCGACGGCCAAUAAUCAACAGUUUUCUCAGGAAAUCGACCCGUGCGAUCCAAUUCUAUCGAGAAGUACGACGACGUCGCAUCAUAUCAGGCAUCAACAAAAAAACGAGAACAAGAGCCAAGGAAAAGGCAAAGGGGGCAAAGGAAAAGGGAAAGGAAAAAAGAUUGUUGAAGAAGAUCGUCCCACGAAACCCGUCCACAAGCUUUGGUACGAGGCUCAAAGUCCCGAAGGAUACACUUACUAUUGGAACAUCGAAACCAACGAGUCUGUGUGGGAACCCCCUGAAGAGGGAUACAUGACGUUCGCGGAGCAAGAAGAAGAAGCGAAAGAACAAGCAAUUCAAGAGGAAUUGUUGAAGCAAUUGGAAAUGGAAGAAGCAGUUGCAAACGUGGAAAUUCUCGAGGAGAAACGAGCCAAUGCCGAAAGGGAGAGGUUGAAAGAAUUAAGGAAAGCGAGCGCAGUUCGAGCAUGCUCGGGAUCUACCGAAGACAAUCAAAACGCGAUAACAACGUCAACAACAAUCGAAGAAGAAAGUCGACCAUAUAGAAGGGACUACAGUAUUCCUGAAAAGUCACAUCCCUACGGUCCUUGGCGAACCGUUCGGAAGAUAGAAACGAAACCGGUGGAUUUACAGUUGCCACAACAGAAGCAACUGCAGUUACCUGUCUUCGAGAAAAUGGAACAACCUAUUUCCCAGAGAACGUUCAAAGAGAAAACCAUUACGCAGAUCGACACAGGAGACAGUGACGAAGAUAGGCGACCGACUGCCUUUAAAAAACGAAAAAUUGGUAAUAAGAGUGUACGACAACGAUUAGACGAUGAUUAAGAAUUCUC